UACACUCCCAAUAUCAAGCAAAACUAUCCUAGACUUUGUUUUGCUUUCACCCAUUCGUUCUGUAACGUUUGUUCAGUGCACAACAUGAUUUACAGUGCCGGUUGUGUAUUCUGAAACGAUUUUUAGAUCACUUUAGUUUCAUUUAAUUGUUAUUUUAAAUAUUGAGAUCAUGAAAAAUUGUGGGUCAUUAUGAUGGUACCUACUUUUCUCUGGAUAUCAACUAUUUUCCUUUCCAAUGCCUACUCUUCAGCUAUUUCCGAUCAGCUUGAUCAUGAGUGCAAACGUCAAUGUGUCACUGGAACACGGAUGAAAUGUCAUUACGACUUUGUUAUCACAGAAAAUCAAUCAUCAAAUACAAUUUGUAAUAGUGAAUCAAGAGGGAAUUGUGAUGGAAAAUCAAUCAAACAAAUGAUAUUAAUUAAUGGUGAAACUCCAGGACCACCAAUUGAGGUAUGCUUUGGAGACAGUAUAGAAAUUAUUUUACAUAAUAAAUUGCCAAACCAAGAAGUUUCUUUGCAUUGGCAUGGCAUCAAUCGAUUGAGUCCUCAUAUGGAUGGUGUUCCGAUGGUUACACAGUGCCCGAUAUUACCUUUCAGCAGUUUUAGAUAUAACUUCAAUGCUGAACAAACAGGCACUUAUUUUUACAGUGCUCAUACAGUGUCUCAACAAGGAGAUGGUUUAUAUGGAAGUUUAAUUAUUCAUACACCAUAUGAUGAUUUGAAUCACGAAAAAGUUUUAAUAUUUUCAUCAAUACCUUCAGCUCCAUUAUCAUUACAUAUAGAUCCGGAACCACCAGUUCCAACAGCUCUUACAAUAAACGGCAAGACGCAGCAUUUUGAAUUGUUUGUGGAAAAUAACCAUCAAUAUCGACUCAGACUGAUCAAUGCUAAUGCAUUUAAUUGCCCUGUAGCAUUUUCCGUAGCUGAUCACCUGGUAGAAGUGCUAAAUGUUGGAGGAAAAGAUAUAAAUCCACGAAAAUUAACUUCUCAUGUAUUAAUAUUUCCAGGAGAAAGAUUUGAUGUAAUGUUGACAGCAAAUAAAUCAUCUAGACGAUACAGCUUAAUUCUUCAAGGUGCUCAGGACUGUAAGAAUUCAAUUCACGAGGCUUCAAUGGUUUACGAUGAUGUAAAAUCAGAUGAUUUUUAUAUGAACGAUAAUAGUCAUCUUUAUCUUGAUAUUCCUAAAGAAUUGCGUGGUCAUGGAUGUCAAAAUUUGGGGGAGAAUGUUAUCUGUUCGUUAGAUUUAAAAGGCUCAGGAGAUAAAAAAAUAAUUCAGCAAUCUUCCACGAUUUAUUAUAUUCCUUUUGAUGUCAACUAUUAUGAAGGUAUCACUGAUGACAUGACUGAUUAUGCUUUCAAUAUUUAUGGCUUUUCUUAUUACCCUUCCUAUCUGACAGCUGGCAAAACGGAUGGAGUGAAAAUUGCUCAAGUCAACCGAAUGACUUUUAAAUAUCCUCCAUGUCCAAUUUUAUCUCAACCGGAUGCAGUUCCAGAAAAUAUGAUCUGUUCAUUGGACCGUCGUGCUCAAACUUGUGAAUACAAUCCCGAUUUUUGCGAAUGUUUUCAAGUAAUUUCAGUACCUGUUAAAAAAGUUAUUGAAGUUAUUUUGAUUGAUGAAGGUAAAGGAGGGAAUACCAGUCACGUAUUUCACGUUCACGGUUACAAUGUAAGUGUAAUAGGAUUUCAUCAGUUUGAAAAACCAAUAACUAGAGAAGAAAUAGUGUCUUUAGAUCAACAGAAACUUCUACAUCGAAAUUUAAUGGAUCCACUGAUGAUGGAUACUUUUACUGUACCGAACAAAGGAUAUAUGAUUCUCCGCUUUUACACUAACAACGUCGGUUACUGGUUAUGGGAAGCUCGAACUACUGGAGUAGUUUCCAUGACAAGUGGACCGCCAAUGCAAUUUUUGAUGCGAGUCGGCAACCGAGAGAAUAUGCCAACUGUGCCAAUCGAUUUUCCCACUUGUGGCAAUCACAAAGGUCCAGAUUUAAUAUUUGAAGAUCAUUGAACAUAUCAGCGAUGAAAUAUCGUUACUAGAAAUAAUAUAUUUAAAUUAAUUUUUAACACUUGUAAAUUUCCUUUUUUAUUAUAUAACAAGAGCUUUAUGUAAUUGUAAUACAUGUAUUUAUUUUGAUUUUUUACGUAUUUAUUGAUUUUACAAAAUUGAAUAAAAUCGAUCAGCUGUCUUAUGAUGAAUUCAGUUUGGUCGAUUAUCUAUUGUAUUAAGGAGACACAUGGUUUCCCAUACUAAUAAUGGAUGAAGAAGAAUUUAAAGUUUGAUAAACUUUAUGGAAAUUUAUGAUAACUUAAUUCUGUUUGAGCUUAGUAGCUCACAAAAUUAGAUAAAUAUCGAUAAAAUAGCUUAUACCUACGACUUCGUCCGCGUCAAACUUGGACAAAAAAAUUCGCGAACUCAUGACACCCCUUUACAAGAUAAAAUAAUUUUUUUUUCAUUAUAAAAUAGACUCAGUGCUCAUUAACGAGCCCUCGAAAUGGCUGACACUACCUGGCUUCGCUCACUCAAACUAAAGUUCACACUACGAACUAUAUUUAUACAUAU